CUUCAAUUCCAAAAAUGGAUGGCAAAGUCCCAAGAGUAGUUCUAGCCGGUGCCACCGGCAACGUCGGCACGGCCAUCCUCAAGCACCUCGUAGCCGGCCACUUUCGCGUGACGGUAAUAACCCGCAAGGACAGCGGCAUCGCGCGGGGCGAAUUCACACCCCCAAAAGCCGGCGACGUGACGGUGCAGACGGUCGACUACAGCUCGGUCGCCGAGCUGACCGACGCGGUGCGCGACCACGACGCCGUCGUCGACGCCACGCGCGGGGGGCCCGAAGAUGACGCGCUGCGGCUGAUGGACGCUGCCGCCGCAGCGGGGGUCUACCGCUUCGUGCCGUCCGAGUACGGGCUUGACCCGCUCAACGCCAAGACGCGCUCGCUGCUGCCGGCGGCCGUGGCACCGCGGGUGCGGCAGAUGAAGCACCUGUGGGACCGGUGCGCCGAGAGCGGCAUGACGUGGACGGUGGUGUCGUGCGGGGUGUUUCUGGACUGGGCGCUGCGCAACAACUUUGCCGGCAUCGACAUCUUCAACCGCAAGGCGACGCUGCUGGACGGCGGCGCCAACGUGACGCCGUGGACGACGCUGGACGACGUGGGCAAGGCCGUGGCUGAGGUGCUGCUCCGCCCGCUCGAGACGGAGAACAGGCCCGUCUACGUGCACUCGGUGCAAAAGAGCUGCCAGGAGAUGCUCAAGCUGUGCCAGGACGCGUUUGGCACCACCAACGAGGACUGGGCCGUGGACCACGCCGACGCCAGGGCAGAGUUUGACAGGGCCGAGGACAAGGUCAAGGCCGGCGAGGUGGACGGGCAUGUGUUUCAGACCAUGAUGCUCUACAUGCUCAGCCAGCCCGACAUGGCACACCCGUGGCCCAAGAGCGACAACGAGCUGCUGAGAGUCAAGGAGAUGUCGGAUGCAGAGCUCAUGGAGCUGGUGCGACAUUGCUUCAAGAGAGGGCCAAUCUUGAAGUUUUGAUGAAGAUGGAGAGGAACUUGGCUUUGGAUGAGCAAAUUUGGAGCUGCA